CCGACGCACUCCUGCAGUCUUCUUUCACUUUCGAUACCAGCGAGAGGUUGGAGGAGGAAGAUAGAGAGAGGAACACAUAAAGCCCGACACUCACAGCUGAAAUUACAUACAGACCCCGAGUGUUGAAUUUGAUCAGAAACAUCCUCCAGAGUUGCCUAAUUUCAGCUGUGGUUGUUGUUUCCGGUUGAGCACAAGAAUAAAAGGAAAGUCCUAAAGAUUACCUAGAGACAAAUUGUGACUCCAAGGAGAAUCAAAAUGAGCAUUCGGGGACAGGAACAGGUGGAGAAGAAGUACAACCCUCUAGAUAGCACCCUGAAGAUUGUCAAGAGGAAGGACGACUUGGAUCCCAUGUGUGAUGAUGAUGAUGACUGUCUCAGAGCAGAGAUGUCCUGCGGCCACGCUGUCACUCCGGACUCUCUCACACUAUGGUGUCGCAGCCAGCUGGAUGAGGGUAAUUACAAAUUCAGAUGCCCUGCAGUGGUGGAGGGGACCACACAGUGUAAUAAACUGUGGUCGUACCAAGAGGUGCGCAGACUGGCCGACUUGUCUGUCGAGGAAAUGCAGCAUUUUGAAGAGACCAUGGCUCGCCUGGCUGCUGCACAAUACUGUGAAAUUCAGCCAUGCCCCAAGUGCAAAACAAGUGUGGAGAGGAAGAAUCUGUCCAACCUGUGUGUGCGGUGUCCCAUAUGCACAGCUGAUCAGAAGAAGACCUACCAGUUCUGCUGGCAGUGUCAGAGGCAGUGGAAAGGUCCAGGCCCUCGGUCUGACCGCUGUGACAAUGACGGCUGCAUCAACGGGGACCUGCAGCUUCUGCAGACAUGUAAGACCAUCAGUCUGCCCGCGGUGGAGGGGGUCACCGACUGCCCCUCUAUCCGAGUCUGUCCUACAUGCGGCAUGAAGGUGGAACAUAGCCGACAAUACUGCAAAAAUAUCAACUGUCCUCGCUGCCACAUGGAGUUCUGUUUUGUCUGCCUGAAACUAAAGCGUGAAUGUUGUAAGACCAGUUCGCCAUAUAAAAUCUGUCCUAGUGGUGUGGCUCCUAGACAGACCUCUAUCCCUGUGUGGCAGAGGAAGUGAAAUGAAUGGAUUUGUCUGUACCAAAUAAAUAAUUCAGCAAUAUAUGUUUAAAGGUAUUACUAUUAUAUUAUGCUACGACUCCAAUAGACCAGGAACAUAUUUUUUAAUUGUGGGCCUACUCUGCCACCUUCUGGCUGACUUUAAAAUUGUACAUGAAAAGAAGGUCUGAUGUUUUGGACUGUGAAGUGUUAAUGCCAAUUAAUCAAUCAAGCACAUGUAUUGGGCUACUGAUACUGUUACUAAUAAUAAGUGCUAUAUCUACAAAGUGAAAAAGCUUUUUGAAAAAGUUCAUUUAGAUUUCAGACAUUAUUUAGAAACCUUAUUAUUACUCUUAAAAUAUUUUCUUUGUAUUGACAUUUACAAAGUUGUUACUAUUCUACUCCAACAAAGUAUUUGCAAUUACAGUUUUCCUUUCAGCUAAUUGUAGCUACAUGUAGUUGAAAAAGAAAAUAUGAAACAUGAAAAAUACAGCUAUUAUUCAAAUAAUAAAUAUUGGUUUAUAUUUAGAUUACAUUAGAUUAUAGUUGGUUUAUACUUAGUUUACAUUUGAUUAUUGAUUGUCCACUGCAAAUAAUGUGCAUGACUUUGCUAAAUUCUAAAUAAAAUCUACCAUUUUU